CACAGCAGACACAGCAAGCCAACAUGUCUUCCGGCAACAUCUCCAAGAAGCGCAAGUUCGUCGCGGACGGCGUCUUCUUCGCCGAGCUCAACGAGCUCCUCAUCCGUGAGCUCGCCGAGGAUGGCUACUCCGGCGUCGAGGUCCGCGUGACCCCCAUGCGCACCGAGAUCAUCAUCCGCGCUACCCGCACCCAGAACGUGCUCGGCGAGAAGGGCCGCCGCAUUCGCGAGCUCACCUCCCUCGUCCAGAAGCGCUUCGGCUUCGCCGAGGGCUCCGUCGAGCUCUACGCCGAGAAGGUUGCCAACCGCGGUCUCUGCGCCAUCGCCCAGGCUGAGUCUCUCAGGUACAAGCUCCUCGGAGGCCUCGCCGUGCGCCGCGCGUGCUACGGUGUCCUCCGCUUCAUCAUGGAGAACGGCGCCAAGGGUGCCGAGGUUGUCGUGUCCGGCAAGCUCCGCGGUCAGCGUGGCAAGGCCAUGAAGUUCAAGGACGGAUACAUGAUCUCGUCCGGUAACCCCGUCAGGGAGUACAUCGAAUCCGCGUGCCUGCACGUCCUCCUCCGCCAGGGCUGCGUCGGCGUCAAGGUUAAAAUCAUGCUUGACUGGGACCCCAAGGGCCGCACCGGCCCCAAGACUCCCAUCCCCGAUACCGUCACCAUCCACAACCCCAAGGACGAGGACGAGUCCGGCCUCGCCAAGCCUUUCGUUGGCAAGGAACUCGAGAUGUAGAGCGGCGGUUUAUAGGGACAUGGAACUCAGAGGAGGGGGUUUUGCCCUGCGUUGUGUGGGCUUCGAUAGAGGAACGCGGCCGACUAGCGGC